GCAAAUUCUUCAUCUGAGCUCAGCUCCAGUACUGCGGGUCUGCGCGAGCUCUGAGCGCGCUGUGGACUGGGAGAGACACUGGGAGAGAGACUGGGAGACACUGGGAGAGACACUGGGAGAGACACUGGGAGAGUGUGGUUGGUGUGUUUCUGGUUGUGCUGGUUGGUGGUGGAGCUGGUGGGAGCUGUGGAUGAUGGACUGAUGGAUGUACUGAUGCUGGUGGAGUGCGCGCGGAUGGAGCGCAGGGCUGGUGUGGAGUGACCGGAGGAGACCGUGGAUCUGUGGAGCUCCAGUGGAGAGGAGUGUCUAAACAAAGGUGUUGAGAUGCUGGAUGAGUCAGCGCUCGGGUUCCUCUCCGUGACAAGGUGGGAUCCGCUGGAGCUGAACUAAAGGCCGUCAGGGGAAUACGCUCGGACUGGUGUGAAGAGAGAGACCGUCCAGUCCACAGGGGGAAGGUGGGGGACGGACAGUCUUCUUAUCUGCUGGAGCUCAGGCUGAGGACGCCGCUGAGCCGCUGUAGGAGAGCAGGGAUGUAGGAGCGACCGCAGAGCUCCAGGGACUAAUCCAUGCAGGACGAGCUCCAUGCACUUGAGAGGAACCGGGACUCAGGAGGAUGUCGACAGAGGCAGAACCACAAGCCAGCGUCAAAGCCAACGUGAAACGGGAGUCCAGAAGAAAAGGUCAGGACCGCAGUGAGCAGGCUCUGAUUAAGCGCUUCAGGGGCGAUGGCGUUCGCUACAAGGCCAAGCUGAUUGGUAUUGAUGAUGUGAGCGCGGCUCGCGGAGACAAGCUCUGCCAGGACUCCAUGAUGAAGCUGAAGGGGAUCGCUGCUUCAGCACGGUCUAAAGGAGAACACAAGCAGAGAGUGUUCCUAACCGUCUCCUUCAGCGGCAUCAAGAUCUACGAUGAGAGAUCAGGGGUGUUACAGCACCAUCACUCUGUGCAUGAAAUCUCCUACAUCGCCAAAGACACCAGAGACCACCGUGCCUUCGGCUACGUCUGCGGGAAAGAGGGCAACCACAAGUUCGUGGCCAUCAAGACCGGCCACUCGGCUGAGCCUCUGAUCCUGGAGCUGCGUGACCUCUUUACACUGAUCUAUGAUAUAAAGCAGAGGGAGGAGGUGGAGAAGAAAGCUCAGAAGGAGAAACACUGUGAGCAGGACGUUUACCAGACGAUUCUCGAAGAUGACACUGAUGACCCUGUGUAUCAGUACAUUGUGUUUGAAGCCGGACACGAGCCUCUCCGUGGCCCCCUCUCAGAGGAGAGCGUUUACCAGGUCCCAACGAGUCAGCAGAAAGAAGGGAUCUAUGAUGUUCCAAAACGCCAUUUUAUGACUAACAUCAAUCAGUUUGAUCUGUUUGGAGACAUGGCCACUCCUCCUGACAUCCUCUCAAUGCCUGCAUCUCCGGCUAACACUCUGGAUCCUGGGCGACGGCGACGGCAGCACCCACCUGAGCUUUUUACUCACUUCAGCCCCCCUGCUGUGCCUUCAGGCUACAUGACGAUGGGUGCAGUGCAGGCAGCGACGUGGGCUCAGCAGUCGUUUGCGGCUCCAGCCGCUCCGCUGGCCUUUGGCGUUCAGGCUCCGCUGCAGGUUGCUCAGGUGCUUCCUGGUGGUCAGCCUGUGAUCUGGGGCCAGGCCAACCUCUUCCACUCUCCUGCCACCGGGCAGCAGCAGUGGGCUUUCGUUCCGGCUCAGACAGUAGGCAUGGGGGGGCAUCCUCUCUCGGCUGCUGCUGUCCUCCAGGGUCUGGUUCCUAUCGCUGCCAUGAGGCCUCAUUCCUGCGAGCCGUCUGCUCCGUCCUCAGCCAUCACCAGCCCUCAGCAUGUGGUCAACCCCCCACUGCAGCAGGACGUCUCCAGGGACGUGCUGAGCGAGAACAUCCAGGAGGAGGCGCUGGAGGCUGAUACGCAGCCUGCAGCCAGCAGCGACCCAGACCUGCAGACAGAAGGAGCCACACAGGGAACACAGGAAGCAGACGUCUGCUGCGGUGACCUGGACCUAUCACAGCUGAGCUUAACGCCAGGUUCAUCUACAUCACCGUCCACAACGGACUCUCCUGCUACUCCUGCUCCCCAACAGGGCAUCCCCUCCCUGCCCUCUGACCCCCUGAAAGAGUCUCCUCCCGCAGGAACAGAGAGCGAUGCUGACCCCCGUACAGACGUCUCUCCGACAGCAGCAGCAGAGACCGGUGACCCUGGUGGCACUGAGGAAGCGGGCUCCAGCACUCUAACCUCCAGCGGCUGUGAGACAGCAGCAGAACCUCCGGCUCCCUCUCAGCUGUCCUACUCAGACGUUCAGAUAGUGCACGCAUCUUGCACGUCCAAUGACGUCCAGUUGAGGUCCUACUUAGACGUUCAGAUAGUGCACGCGUCUUGCACGUCCAAUGACGUCCAGUUGAGGUCCUACUUAGACGUUCAGAUAGUGCACGCGUCUUGCACGUCCAAUGACGUCCAGUUGAGGUCCUACUCAGACGUUCAGAUAGUGCACGCGUCUUGCACGUCCAAUGACGUCCAGUUGAGGUCCUACUUAGACGUUCAGAUAGUGCACGCGUCUUGCACGUCCAAUGACGUCCAGUUGAGGUCCUACUUAGACGUUCAGAUAGUGCACGCGUCUUGCACGUCCAAUGACGUCCAGUUGAGGAAACGGCUGCCCACUCUGCGUGGAGAAGCGGCGGGAAGAAUACGGGAUCCAGAGAGCCGAAAACCAGAGAGCGAGCGGCCGAGAGGAUCAGCGAUGGCUCAGAGUCUAACACUGCAUGUGUUCUUUAUAUGUCUGGCUGUAGUGGUGGGUGGUGAUCUGGAGGACCGAGCUCAGCUGAAGCCUCCUCUGGACCCGGUGGACUGCGCUCUGUCUGAGUGGUCUUCAUGGACACGCUGUGACCCCUGCCUCAAAAAAAGGUUUCGCUUUGCUAAGCUGGUGCAGCCAUCUCAGUUUGGUGGGGAACCGUGUCACGAAGUUGGUCGUCAGGAGGAGUCCUGUACCCCGCCGCCUCGCUACAGCUGUCAGAGCAAAAGCCCACCAUGCCAGGGCUUCGUCUGCACCAGUACAGGCCGCUGUGUGCUGGAGGGGCUGCGCUGUAACGGUGAUGAUGACUGUGGUGACGGGUCUGAUGAGCUGGGAUGUAAGAAGGUGUUCAAAGCCUGCAACCAGCCAACCGAAGAGUACUAUGGCAUUGAGAACCUCGCCAAGGGGAUUAACGUGCUGAACAGUAAUUUGGAGGGGGUGGUGCUGGAUAACCGGUACUAUGCUGGCGGCUGCCUCCCCCACUUCAUCCAGGAUGUGCGCUUCAGGAAGCCGUAUAAUCUCCAGCAGUACACACUGGAGACUAAAGGCUCACUUGACUUUAAGAUGGAAUCGUACAGCUCAUACAGUGAGUUUUCUGAAUCAACCAUGAGGGCCAGCCUGUCCAAGACCAGCGUUUCCUUCAACAUCGGUUUCCCUGGAGUUUUUAACCUCGGCUUCAACUAUAACGACAUGCACUACAAGAAGUCUGUGAAGAAGCUUCGCCGCUUUUCAGGAACGGAUCGGCAGUUUAUCCACGCCCACUCUCAGAUUGAGCUAGCACGCUACGCUCUGAAGCCUGAUGGUCUGGUGCUCCACCCUGAGUUCCUGUCUCGUCUGCGGGCUCUCCCGCUGGAGUACUCGUACGGAGAGUACCGGCAGCUCCUCAACGACUACGGCACUCAUUAUAUCACCGAGGCAACGCUAGGGGGAGACUUCCAUUACACCCUCAUCAUCAACAAGCAGAAACUGGAGAAAUCAGACUACAGUCUGAGUGAUGUGAAGACGUGUGUAGAGGUGGGAUUUAAGCUGGGUUUGAAUAUUAAAGGCGUGUACGUGUCUGGUGGGAUAUCUGGUGGGGGCUGUGCAGGCCUGCUGAAGGAGAUGGGAGACUCUGAGUCUCAGUCGUCUAUGUUGGAGGAGUUUGUCGCUGUGGUCAGAGGAGGCGACAGUGAGACGGUUUCACGUUUGGGUGCAAAGCAGCUUCCCACCCCAGACAUCAUGCAACUGUGGGGGGAAGCCGUGCACUACAACCCCGACUUCAUCAGCAGUAAGUUAGCUCCUAUAUAUGAGCUGGUGACAGCGCAGGACUUCACCUCAGCUAACAUGCUGAAGAAGAACCUAAAGAGAGCUCUGGCAGAGUACCUGAGUGAGAGCAGCUCGUGCCGCUGCGCACCCUGCCUCAACAACGGCGUCGCCAUUCUGAAAGGUAGCAGGUGUGAGUGUGAGUGCCCUGCUGGAGUGCGGGGACUAAGCUGUGAAAAUACGGCCAGAUCAGCAGUAGCAGUAGAUGGGAGCUGGUGCUGCUGGUCUGAGUGGUCCACCUGCAGCCGUCAAACCAAGCGACGGACUCGUCAAUGCACCAAUCCGGCACCACAGAACGGUGGAGUAUCGUGCCAAGGAGUUCACGAAGAGACGACUGACUGCUUUUAAUAUUGAGAUUAAUCUUCUGUUAGCUGUUUAGUAAAUGCAUUAAACGUACUGAAAACUCAAGGCAGAGCAGGACUGUUUAUACUGAAAUUAUUGAUUUCACUUCAAAAUAAAAUCCAAUAAAACAA